AUGACUAAAGACACAAGAAGUCGAAACCCGUACGCGAUCGUUAACGUAUCCGAUGAGCAGCGUCAGCAGCUUAUCGACGUCGUUCGUGGCUGUGUGCAGACCAAUUUUCCGAAAUAUGAGAAUUUUAUUGUAACGGAUAAACACCAUGUGGACGAAAGACGAUGGGAUCGCGUCAAGUCCAAGGAUAAUUUCAACGUGUACACUGAACACUCUCAAGAACAUCAGACACGCAAAGGAUUAUUACCCAAUAACGCAGGUCAACAAAGUGAGGUGGAAAAAGAAAUGCUAGUUAUGAUGAGUGUCGGCACUUUUAUAGGUGAACUUGAAGAUCUUAUGUUUGGAAUUUUAAAUACGACCAGGAAUGCAAUGCGGAUUAAAGCUGCAUAUGUUGAUGAUGUUAACGCUGGAGCUGUCUUGUGUUCCGUGGUAGAACCAAGUAAGCAAGAGCCGUAUCGAUCUCUGGUGGUCAAAUGGAUGGCAAUAGACGUUUCGCUAAAAGCUGGAAAAAGUCGAGAUUUUGUGUGCAUUGAAGCCACUGAUGUGCUCCUUCUGGACAAUGGCGAACGAAUUGGUUAUCAUGUACUUCACUCCAUUGAGUUUCCGCAGACCAGGCCGUUGCCAAAUAUUAUUCGUGGAAACAUCUCGUCUGUCACCUUUUUCCGACACAUUCACAGCAGCAUAAUUGACAGUUUUGGGUCUUGUAUUGUUGAUCCGGGUAUGAAGGCCCGACGUCUACUGUUUAUCGCCGCUGCAGCAAACACCUUGCUCACUGCAACAAACUACGUGCGUUGCGGACAGAUGAAAAAAUUGGCGUGGAUGCUGCAACGCCAACACGCGGGCUACAAAGUUCACGAAGAGCGUCAGCAGAGAAAAGAAUGCGUCAUGUGUGGGAAAAGCAGAAACGUCCCUGGCAUUAGCAGAAUACGGCCGCGAUUGAACUUUAUCGGUCAGGACGGCGAGGUGAUUGAGCGUAAGAUCACUGUCUGCUCGCAGUGCAUGAGUAAAGCUAUAAAUUGUAGCACCCAGGAAGCCGCGCAAGACCAAGCGAUAAAAUAUCAUGACUCGUACGAUAGCGCUUCCACUUUUUCAGAAUCGACAUUCUCAGAGUCUUCAUCUUCACUUUAUCACAAAUAA